AUGGCGUCUGCAGGUGCGGAUUGCCAAGGAGACUCAGAAAUUCACAAGGAGUCCCAAGAUUGCUUUGCACGAGCCGAAGACAAGCCGAAGCAAGAGACUAAGAACACAGAGGAGCAGCUGGAACCACAAUAUGUGGAAAAUAACAACUUGGAGAAGUGGAAUAGCCCAAGCAUAAAUGCAUACCGAUACCUCUCAGCGAAUUUUGGCUUCAUCAUUAUGGGAAUGAAUGAUGCAGCAUAUGGCGCACUCAUCCCCUAUCUCGAAGAAUACUAUAAUAUCAACUACACAGUCAUUUCAUUGGUUUUUCUUGCACCAUUUGUAGGCUAUUCAGCAGCCGCUCUACUCAACAACAAAGUGCACAUGCGCUUCGGCCAACUCGGAGUGGCCAUUAUAGCCCCAUUGUGCAAGAUUGUUGCCUAUAUUGUAACGUGCAUCCACCCACCGUACCCAGUACUGCCUGUCAUUUUCGUCCUCUCCGGCUUUGGUAACGGACUGGAGGACGGAGGAUGGAAUGCGUGGGUAGGAAACAUGGAGAAUGCCAACGAGCUGCUGGGAUUUCUCCACGGUGCUUAUGGUCUUGGUGCCACCAUUAGCCCAUUGAUUGCCACCGCUAUGGUUACGAAAGGCAACCUGCAAUGGUACACUUUCUACUAUAUAAUGUUAGGAGUCGCAGUUUCCGAACUUAUCCUCUGCGUCUGGUUUUUCCGCGCCGCAACGGGAGCUGCCCAUCGAGCAGAUCAUCCUACCAACAAUGACAAAGCCGGGCAGUCACGGACAGGAGAGGCAUUGAAGAAUCCCAUAACUUGGAUUUGCGCACUGUUUCUCCUAUUUUAUGUCGGCGUGGAAGUGUCACUAGGUGGAUGGUUGGUGACUUUCAUGUUGAGAGUUCGACAUGGAAAGGCCUUCGAAUCCGGUCUCGUCGUUACUGGAUUUUGGCUUGGUCUUACUUUUGGACGAGUCAUUCUUGGAUUUGUGACUGGGAAGAUUGGUGAAAAGAUAGCUAUUGCCGCCUACAUGGUCAUUUGUGUGGGACUUGAGCUCUGUUUCUGGCUCAUUCCGAAUUUCAUCGCCAGUGCAGUGUUCGCCGCGUGGCUAGGUUUCUUUCUUGGCCCGCUCUUCCCAGCUGCGAUUGUAGUCGCAACGAAGCUCCUUCCGCGAAGGCUUCAUGUUAGUGCCAUCGGCUUUGCAGCUGCCUUUGGAGGAGGUGGAGCAGCUGUUUUACCGUUUGUUGUUGGUGCCAUUGCCCAGGCGAAAGGUGUCACAGUGCUGCAGCCGAUUGUGCUCGCGAUUCUGGUGGCUAUUCUUACUCUCUGGUGUAUGCUACCUGGUGGCUUUAGAAAGUCUGGUCUAGGUGAUCUUCAGAGGGAGCGUGAUGAGGGGAGAGCUGCUGUAUCGGAGGAAGGUCAAUCAAAAGGUUUUGCUGGAAAGAUUGCAAAGUUGAGAGUGAAACUAUUUGGAGUUCUUUGA